AUGAGGUUUUCUUUUAUUUUUUAAAAUUUUUUGAGGAUUAUUUUUUAAUAUGUGGAAAUUGUUUUAUUAGGAUAUUAAGUGCCAAAAGGAGGAGAUACUACAUACUAAGUAACGGUGCUUUAAAAUGCACACCAAAAAAUAGUUAACACACGUUAUUGAAAUGUUCACAUUGGUUUUUAUAGAACAACUAUAUUAUGGAUAAUUUGACUCUCUUGUAUUUUUUUUAAAUUUCUCAGAUAAUUUUAUUAAUUUUUGUAAUGAAAUUUAUCAGAGAGCAAAUAUUUCAUGUCUUCUUUCUCUUGUAGUGUAAGGCCUAAAAUUACAUGUGCUGUAAUCUUUGGUAUCUUUGAACCUCAGAGAGAUCCAAAAGCCUAACCCUGAGUUCCCCUGUUCUCACAAGAUAUGCCCAGCAGCCAGGGGGAAAUGCACUCACCCAGUGAGUUCCCAUAUCAGCCAGACCAACUGCACCCACCUGGUCAUCAACUGAAGUGAUUCAUCUCCCUAACAGCCACAAACUUAAUCAAACCAACCACAUCCUCCCACAGGAAACAGAGGGCACCUCCUCCUCUUGUUAGAAUAAAUCCCGCUCCCGUGGCUCUUGUUUUACUCUGCUCCCAGACGACACCACCCUGAGGCAUGUGGUGUCCUCCUCCCCUAGGAUGUGAGGAUAUGUGACUAAUAAACUGCUUCAAUCUCAUCUAUCUAGUGUCUGGGUGUCAUGUGUUCAGACAGCUCCAGAACCCUGGGGCAGGACUCCAUCCAUCAGCAGUGGCUGACAAAACACCUUCCUACUCAUUUGUACCACUAUUCCAUGAGUUGUCAGCAUCUGCACGGAAUAGGAUUUUUACAAAGCUCAAUCAACCUUCAAAUAGAAGUGCUAGCUAUGUUGGCAGCAUAGUUUUUAUGCACUGUCAGCAGUCGAGCUACUAAAAAUAAACUUAGUCUGUGACUGAAAUUUUAUUUUACUAAGCCUAAAAAUCUAAAAGGAAUAAUAUUAUACUUUUGCUCUAUUUAUAAAACAGAUGGGGCUAAAAUUACAGGUAAGGAAUCCUCAUUGAGUGUUGACUCAGAGGGAAAAGGAGUCUUUGAGAUAAUUUCUUCAGGUUGGGAGACAGGGGAACAUUACAAUAAGAACUGAGAGUUAAAGUGGAAAAUGUUGGUAGCAGAAAAAGACAUUCAUACACUGCUGUGAAAAUAGAAAAUGGUAUAAUCAGGAUGAGAAAUCUGUCAACAUCACAAGUUAAAAUGCAAACAGCAAAUCCACUUUUGAGAAUUUAACUGACAUAUAAGCCUACAAAUGUGCAAACUGAAGUUAAUGGAGGACUAUUAAUUGGAAUAUUGUUUGUAAGAAAAAAACAGGAAAGUCCUUAAUUAUCUACUGGUAGAGUUUUGUUUCUUAAAAGGGGGUUGAGUUACACAUACUGUGGCUUUGCAGUUGUUGAAAAUGAUUACAUUCCUUAUAUGCUGAUUUGGAAACACAUUUGUGUGAAAAAAAUAUAUACUUAUGUAUGCUUACAACAUACACAGUAUUUGUAACUGCAUAAGCAUAUUAUAUAUAUUUAUAUGUGAAUCUGUAUAUUUUAUUUGAAAAUAACUUAUCUGGAAGGAUACACACCAAAAUCAAAAUGUUGUGGAUUCUGUUAGCUACUCUAUGUCUGAAAUAUAUGGCAGAAGAGGUUGCUCACAUUUUCAUUUAAACUUCAUAUACUUUUUGAAAUGUUACUUUGUGCAUGGCUUGCAUAUUUAAAAUGUUGUGAUGCUGGUAACGAAUGUAAGGGCAUCCUUUGAUGAGAACUUUCCAUUUCACCUUUCCUGAACCUUCUCAAGAAUCUAGGUACAUAGGGAUGCAGCCUUGAUUCUGCUCAGAUUUUGAUCCUCAGACCGUAAUUUAUCUUCACUGUCCAAACAACUGAGAAGCAAAGUAUUUUUCAAUGAGAUCUCAUGACCAGGCAUUAUACAUUAAAAGAUCUUUCUCAACCUAUGGGCUUUUAAACACAGUCAAGUCCAUGAAUUCAUAAUACAGCAAAGAUGGAUGAAAAGAACUGCUUAGCAACAGUCCAUUUCUGGUGGACAUAAUAUUGUAAGAUGUUUAAUAAGGUAUUGCUUUUUGCUUUAGCUUGCAGGGAAUUCCUGCAAUCGGUGAUCUUGAAAAAGGGACCAAAAUUCAUUCUCCUUUUUUCUACAAUGAGAAGAUUUCUCAGCUGGAAACAUGGCUUUGCCAAUAAACAGUUAUGUGACCUCAGAAGCUUCAAGUCAAAAAUAUCCAUAGUAAGUACCUGUGGCAUUGAGCGUGAUAGGGAAGGGAUACACUCACGCACACGCGUAACACACGCACGCACAGUCUGGUUGGAUUAUGAACCCACCUUCAGGAACUCGCACGCGACCGUCCUCGGGUCACAUCGCUGAUCCCACAGGGCGGCCCGGCACACACAGGCCUGCGGCCUCGGAAGGGAAGCGCCCCGCAGCCCCUCUCCGAACCCUCCAGUCCCUCCCGCCCGGACGCGCCUCCUCCUCCGGGACGCCCGAGGCCACCCCCGGCCUCAGGUCGGCCGCCAGCACAGCGGGAUGUGCGCCUGCGCAGCCGAGUCCGGCCCUCCCAGAAGCCUCCGGGGCGGCGGGCGGUGCUUCCCACGGACGGUGGCGACCCCGGAGCCGCCUUCACGGGCGCAGGGACGUCGCCUCGGCGCGUUUCCGUCCCGGUGGGGGCCGCGCGUGAGGAGGAGACGGGCGCGGGUCGCGCGGGAAGGACGCAGCGUCGCAACCCGAAGCCCGCGGGACGGGAGCGGGUCCGGGAUUUGUGGACUCUGCUCUAAUGGCAGAGGAACCCAAAGGACUGGUCAGCUCUUGCAGGUCUAAAACCAUGGCCCAUGGAUCAUUGACGUUCAGCGAUGUGGCCAUAGCCUUCUCUCAGCAGGAGUGGGAAGGUCUCGACCCUGUUCAGAAGACUUUGUACCAGGACGUGAUGAUGGAGAACUAUAGAAACCUGCUCUCACUGGCAGGUCAUGCCAUUUCUAAGCCAGGUGUAAUUACCUUAUUGGAGCAAGGAAAGGAGCCCUGGAUGGUUGUAAGGGAAGAAACAAGAAGAUGGUGUCCAGAUUUGGAAUCAAGAUAUGAAAUAAUCAGCUCUGGAAAAAUGUACAUUUAUACAAAACAUUCAUCUCUUACUCUACAGCACAGAAUUAAUAAUGGAGAGAAACCCUAUGAAUGUAAAGAAUGUGGGAAGACCUUUAGGCGUCCUACAGACCUUAGAGUACAUCACAUAAUCCAUACUGGUGAGAAACCAUAUGAAUGUAAGGAAUGUGGCAAGGCCUUUAGUCGUCUUACAGAUCUCAGAGUACAUCAGAGAAUUCAUACUGGUGAGAAACCCUAUGAAUGUGAAGAAUGUGGGAAGGCCUUUAGUCGUGCCUCAAACCUUGCUCAACAUGGAAGAGUUCACACUGGUGAGAAAUCCUAUGUAUGUCAGAAAUGUGGGAAGGCCUUUAGUGAUGUUGGAACACUUAGAAUACAUCAGAGAAUUCAUACUGGUGAGAAACCCUAUGAAUGUAAGGAAUGUGGGAAGGCCUUUAGUCAAGCCUCCAAUCUUAUACAACAUGACAGAAUUCACACUGGUGAAAAACCCUAUGAAUGUAAAGAUUGUGGGAAGGCCUUUAGUCAUGCCUCACAUCUUGUUAGACAUGAGAGAAUUCACACUGGUGAGAAACCCUAUGCAUGUGAAGAAUGUGGGAAGGCUUUUAGGAGUAGCCAUCAACUUACUAUACAUCAUAGAUUUCAUAGUGGUGAGAAACCCUAUGAAUGUAAGGAAUGCGGGAAGGCCUUUAGUGUGUAUGGACGGCUUACUCGGCAUCAGAGUAUUCAUAGUGGUAAGAAACCCUUUGAAUGUAACAAAUGCGGGAAGUCCUUUAGACUCAGUUCAAGCCUCAAAGUACAUCGGAGUAUUCAUACUGGUGAGAAGCCCUUUGAGUGUAACAGAUGUGGGAAGUCCUUUAGGCUUAGUUCAAUGCUUAAAGUACAUCACAGAAUUCAUACAGGAGAGAGACUUUAUGGAAUAUAUGUAUAUCCCUCCCAAACGGACGCGCCUCCUCCACCAGGAUGCCGCAGGCCACCCCCGGCCUCAGGUGAGCCGCCAGCAGCGCGGAAUCUGCGCCUGCGCAGCCCAGUCCGGCCCUCCCAGAAGCCUCCGGGGCCGACUGGCGGCCCUUCCCCGAGACGGUGGCGACCUCGGACCCGCCUCCACGAGCGCAGGGACGUCGCCUCUGGCGCCUUUCCGUCCCGGUGCGCGCCGCGCGUGAGCGGCCCCGCUAUCUGGGUCUGGCUUCAAUGCAGAAAUGACUCUGCAGCUGAGACCCUGGGAAUUGGGUGGGGCACUGGAUUUGUCCAGAAUCUUCAUUUAUCCAAAUUGUGUGUGAUGCGAGGUGAUGGGGAGCGUGUAAUGGAAGAGCACAGCGGUAACACUAACUCAGUUCCUGCGGGGACACUGAAGCACAGCUGGUCUCAAGGUCUUUCUCUUCUCCCAGGGCCGGGAUUUGUGGACUCUGCUCUAAUGGCAGAGGAACCCAAAGGACCGGUCAGCUCUUGCAGGUCUAAAACCAUGGCCCAUGGAUCAUUGACGUUCAGCGAUGUGGCCAUAGCCUUCUCUCAGCAGGAGUGGGAAGGUCUCAACCCUGUUCAGAAGACUUUGUACCAGGACGUGAUGAUGGAGAACUAUAGAAACCUGCUCUCACUGGCAGGUCAUGCCAUUUCUAAGCCAGGUGUAAUUACCUUAUUGGAGCAAGGAAAGGAGCCCUGGAUGGUUGUAAGGGAAGAAACAAGAAGAUGGUGUCCAGAUUUGGAAUCAAGAUAUGAAAUAAUCAGCUCUGGAAGAAUGUACAUGUGUAUAAAACAUUCAUCUCUAAAUCUACAACAUAGAAUUAAUAAUGGAGAGAAACUCUAUGAAUGUAAGGAAUGUGGGAAGGCCUGUAGUCGUCGUUCAGACCUUAGAGUACAUCAGACAAUCCAUACUGGUGAGAAACCACAUGAUUGUAAGGAAUGUGGCAAGGCCUUUCUUCGUCUUUCAGACCUCAAAGUACAUAACAGAAUUCAUACUGGUGAGAAACCCUAUCGAUGUGAAGAAUGUUGGAAGACCUUUAUUUCUGCUUCAAACCUUGCUCAACAUGUAAGAGUUCAUACUGGUGAGAAAUCCCAUGUAUGUAAAGAAUGUGGGAAGGCCUUUGGUCAAGCCUCAAACCUUUUACACCAUAAGACAAUUCAUACUGGUGAGAAACCCUAUGAAUGUAAGGAAUGUGGGAAGGCCUUUAGUGUGUAUGGACGACUUACUCAGCAUCAGAGUAUUCAUAGUGGUAAGAAACCCUUUGAAUGUAACAAAUGCGGGAAGUCAUUUAGGCUCAGUUCCGGCCUCAAAGUACAUCAGAGUAUUCAUACUGGUGAGAAGCCCUUUGCGUGUAAUAGAUGUGGGAAGUCCUUUAGGCUUAGUUCAAUGCUUAAAGCACAUCAGAGAAUUCACACUGGGGAGAGACCUCAUGGAAUAUAUGUAUGAGUAGACAAUGGAAUUAUACCACUGAGAAACAAUUUAAAUGAAGAGGAUGUGAGAAGGCAUUUUCCAAAAGGCUUAUAAGGCAUCAAAUAAUUUAUACAGGCAUGAACUCCUUGGAAUUUAAAUAAUGUUUGAUGUUUUUCACUUAUGACCCACAUAUUGUUCACAUUCAGAGAAUUUUGUUUUGUAUUUAUAUAAGAAAGUCUUUUAUGACA